ACUCCGGAACAUUACAUCGACGGACAGCGCUAUACUCACGCCCGUCAAGUCGUCCUCUGUGAACGUUUUGGCUCUUCUAACGGCUAACGGCUGUAGUCUAACGGCUAACGGCUGUAGCGGUUUGAUUUACGUGCAACGGUCUUCAACAGUGUCUGAACUGUAACCGUUGGUCGGCGGUUGGCGGCUGGCGGUUGGACGAUGACCUCCAGAGGGACGCCGAGCCGCUUCCUCCAGAGUGUUCUCCAGAACGGCGUCGGUCGGUACGUCUGCCAGCUCCAACGGAUCUCCCUCAUCUUCUCCAAGAAAGCACAGAGCUCGUUGGGAGUCAGGGAGUUUAUUGAAGAGGGGGUGGUGGAUUAUGCCAAGAAGAACCCUGCAACUGUCGUGUAUGUUUCUCCUCAGUCAUGCAGGAUUCCCAAAAUAGUUGCAGAAUACUUAAACGGCAACGUGAGGGAAGAAAUUAUCACAAACAAAACCUCUCCGCAGAUUUCGGAGCUCUUGGCCAAGCUGACCGAUCAGUCUGGCCUGGACAUAAUCCGCAUCCGCAAACCCAUCCACACAGACAACCCCAGCAUCCAGGGCCAGUGGCACCCAUUCACCAACCGGCCCCCGUCUAUCGGCCCCAUCAGACCACAGAAACGGGACUGAAUAAAGACAGAAAAUGAAUGCUGAAUCUCUGAUUACUCUUGCAAGAUAUGUCCUUUUUUUUUUUUUUUCAAGUGUCUGCAAUCUCAAAUCACAGGUUCUCAUGUUUGCAGCAAUUUUCAACUGUACUAUCCACAUCCAUCAGCUGAAUAUGUUUUAUCGUGCCCUUCUGUCUGUUGGUGGCAGCAAAGCCACUUCAGCUGCGCAGAAAAGAGCAUGCAGCACCAGCUCUGAAUGCCACAUUUAAAUAGACUUUACAUGAAUCCACUAGAGGCUUAAUGUCAGCGGACAUAUUAAAAAGCAGAUAACCGUUUUUAAUCUCAAGGUUAUUUGUAGAUUUGUGUAAGAAGUGCAGCACUUUGGAGAAGAUGGAACUUUGUAUGGAACAAUAAAUGUUUUUUUUUUUUUG